AUGAUUUCGUGGUCCUCAUUUCUCAUAGUUUUGACUGCUGGCAUGGGUAUCCUCAUUUCAGCUCCACAACCAGAGCUUGACUGGGAAAAUGAAAUUCUUCCUCGUGCCAAACAGCUGGGGCAGAUUUUGUCGAGCGAUGAUCCAAGCGUCGAUUCGUUGCCUCUCAAGGGUGUCGUCGUGGUCAUUACUGGAUGCACCUCAGGCAUUGGGCUAGAGCUAUCCAAACUAUUGAGCACCAAGUUGGGAGCGACUAUCAUUGGCAUUGGCCGGUCUCCGAACAAGCUCCAGAGUUUGCGUGAUGAUGGGAUUCUUCAACAAGCCUUUGUCGCUGAUUUCACUGACCUAAAUGCAGUUGCAACAGCCGCUCGACAGAUGAUCGAUUUCGUACCCAAGAUUGAUAUCCUGAUAAACAACGCUGGACUCUAUGCUCCAACCAGUUGGAACUACCCAACUACCAAACAAGGCUAUGAUUGGACAUUCGGUGUAAACUAUCUUUCCCACUUUUUGUUUACUGAGAAGCUCAAGCCCAUGCUCAAUGAAUCCGUCCAUCCAAAAGUGGUUCACGUAACAUCCAUCACAAGUUUUGGGGUGCCUGGAACUGACCUACUGACAACUGCCGCCGUCUCCGACAAAGGACUUCAAGCACAGCUCCAACCUCCCCUUGCUAGCCAACCGGGAGGGAAUGUGGGCUUUAUGGCUUUCAAAGAAUUCCGAGCCUACGCCAACUCCAAACUGGCUCAGCUGUUGCAUGCUAGAGCCUUGGCUCGCCGAAACCCAAACUGGCGAGUUGUCAGUGCUUGUCCGCAGUGGGUGGGAUCGGAAAUUGUUGCCAAAAGCCAAACAGCCGUUGUCGCCAACAUCUUUACAAAGCUUGCCUAUCCAGUUCAAGGGUAUGGAUUGAAUUCGAUUCUUAGGGCUGUUCUGUCGACCGACGAAGAAGACGGAAAGCAAGAUUUCUAUACCAACACAAACAUUCAAUGUAUGUUCUGGUUGGAAAUGUUCCCGGGAUUCUGCUACAAUCUGUUGCCCAUUCGAGAUGUCAUGGGGUUGGCACUUGGAAUGGUAAUCUUGGGGUACCAGAGAUGGUUUGUCCCUGGUGGACCGGCCAAAUCGGCUACUGUCAGUUAUGACGCCGACUUACAGGAAGACCUUUACGAAUGGAGUUUGUCUGAAGUAUGGGGUUACUUGUAA